UUCGUGCUGAAGGGAAAAGCCGAGUAAUUGGUGAAAGUACUGACCCCGAAGAGCAGAGAAAGGCCGAUGAACUCUUGAUUUGCUCAGUGCUGGAGUGUGGUGAAGCCGGAGGUGCAUCGCUGGUGUGCAUCAGGUCCAGGAACCAUCAAUGUGGACUUCAGCUGGUGAUUUGAAGAGUCACACAUAGGAGCUCCCGGAGUCUCUCCUGUCCCCUCUCCCCCUCCCUUCCCUCUGUCCCUCCCUCUCCCCUUCCCUUGUCAGUCUUCCCCUGGAUCCCCCUUCCCCCUUUCUUCAAGAUUCACCAUGCUUAUCAAGGAGUAUCGCAUCCCCAUGCCCAUGAGUGUGGAGGAGUACCGUAUCGCCCAGCUGUAUAUGAUCCAGAAAAAGAGCAGAGAAGAGAGCUGUGGUGAAGGUAGUGGGGUGGAGAUCCUAGAGAAUAAGCCCUACACAGAUGGACCCGGUGGGACAGGGCAGUACACCCACAAGGUCUACCACAUUGGCAUGCACAUUCCUAGCUGGUUCCGCUCCAUCUUGCCCAAAGCAGCACUGAGGGUUGAAGAGGAGUCAUGGAACGCCUACCCUUACACCCGCACCAGAUACACCUGUCCCUUUGUUGAGAAGUUCUCCAUUGACAUUGAAACCUACUACAAACCUGACACAGGCAACCAAGGAGAUGUCUUCAACAUGUCUGCUGCAGAGAAAAGGCAGAGGACUAUUGACCCAAUCGACAUAGUGAGCGAUCCCAUUCCCCCUCAUGAGUACAAAGCAGAGGAGGACCCACGGCUCUACAAGUCAGUCAAGACCCAGAGGGGCCCUCUGCAAGACGACUGGAUAGAAGAGUACAACAAUAACCCAGGGAAGACCCCCAUCAUGUGUGCCUACAAAUUGUGCAAGGUGGAGUUCCGCUACUGGGGCAUGCAGUCGAAGAUCGAACGCUUCAUUCAUGAUGUUGGACUGAGAAAGGUGAUGGUGCGUGCCCACCGGCAGGCCUGGUGCUGGCAGGAUGAGUGGUACGGUCUGACUAUCGAGGACAUCAGGCAGCUGGAGCUGGAAACCCAGCUGGCCCUGGCUACGAAGAUGGCCCAGUUCAGUCAGGCAGAGGAGGCCAGCGAGGCCAAUGGAGGCGCUCCGUCUCCAGACAAAGACCAAGAGGUUAAAGAGGCGAUCAGCUCUAUUGAAGCUGAGGAGGUGGUUGUCAGCUCAGGAGAGACUCUUCAGCCACGAGGUGUACUGACUAAGCAGUGGUCCACUUCCUCCCGCUCAUCCCGCUCAUCCAAGAGAGGAGUGAGCCCGUCACGUCACAGCAUCUCAGAGUGGAGGAUGCAGAGCAUAGCGCGAGACUCAGACGACAGCUCAGACGAAGAGUUCUUUGACGCUCAUGAGGAUCUCUCAGACGGCGAGGAGGUCUUCCCAAAGGAAAUCGCCAAGUGGAACUCCAAUGACCUCAUGGACAAGAUUGAAGCCACAGACGCAGAGGAAACUCCUGGUGAGCUGUUCAAGGAAAUGACUGUGGAUUAUGAAAGAGCAACCAGUGAGGAAAGACUAGAUGAGAUGCGUGGCUCUGUUAGCGGCCAAGCCGAUAGCUCUCCCAUUCCCACCAUCAUGGUAACAAGGCACCAGUCAGAAAGCUCAUCCCAGCAGUGCCUGCAGCCUUCCAAGAUCCAUGUGCUGAUCUUGGUACUGCACGGAGGGAACAUCCUGGAUACAGGCGGAGGCGACCAGAACAGCAAGCAGGCAGACGUCAACACGAUUAGUACGGCUUUUGACACAGUCAUGCGUGUUCACUACCCCGCUGCGCUGGGACGCAUCGCCAUCCGCUUGGUGCCCUGCCCUGCCAUCUGUGCCGAGGCCUUCUCCUUGGUGUCCAACUUGAGCCCUUAUAGCUACGAUGAGGGUUGUCUGUCCAGCAGCCAGGACCACAUCCCACUGGCAGCUCUGCCCCUCCUGGCCACGUCCGCUCCACAGUACCAGGAUGCCGUGGCCACUGUCAUCGCUAGAGCCAACCAGGUCUUCACUGAUUUUAUAAAGUCUCUGGACGGGUCUGCCUUCUCUGGCCAGGUAUGUCUAAUUGGAGACUGUGUGGGAGGAAUCUUGGGAUUUGAUGCACUGUGCAGCAGCAAUCAGACAGUAAAUGAAAGCCAGAACAGCAGUAGGAGGGGCAGUGUCGUCAGUGUACAGGAUCAGGACCUCCUCUCUCCUGGCAUCAUUGUCAACAGCGGGCAUGGGUCAUCUUCUCCAACCCUGGAGGGCAGCCGCCACCUCAGCCGCAGUAACAUCGACAUCCCUCGUGCAGGUGACGACACAAAGAGACAACUGCCACGCAAGAGAAGUGACUCCUCCACCUACGAACUGGACACAAUAAAACAACACCAGGCCUUCCUGUCCAGUUUACACUCCAGUGUCUUGCGGAAUGAUGCAGCUUCACGCAGGUCGAGCAGCAGCACUAUGCUGGAUGGAGGAUCCCUGGGGAAGUUUGACUUUGAGGUGUCUGACUUUUUCCUCUUUGGCUCUCCACUGGGCUUGGUACUCGCCCUGAGAAAGACUGUCAUUCCUAUGCUAGAUGUGGCCCAGCUGCGCCCUGCCUGUCAGCAGGUCUAUAACCUGUUCCACCCAGCCGAUCCCUCGGCCUCCCGCCUGGAGCCUCUCCUGGAGAGGAAAUUUCACCUCCUGCCUCCCUUCAACGUGCCCCGUUACCAACGCUUUCCCCUGGGAGAUGGAAACUCUGCCCUACUGGUGGAGACAGUCCAGAGCAACGCUCAGCUGCUACUUGACAGCGGGCCUACCCUGUCCCUUCGCUGUCAGGAGACCAUCAGUGAGACCUGCAUCCCUGUGCCUGUGCUAAACUGGCAGGAGGGCUCCCUCAAAGCCACACCCGCCACUAUGGAGUCGGAUGUUGUUCAGUCUCAUGGUGGUGUCUUCAUGGACAGUUCGUACCCCUCAUCCCCCGUAACGGGCCCCCUCUCCCGGGGCCAGCGGAGGGCCAGUGAGGUCAGCAUUGCCAGCCAGGUCUCAGGAAUGGCAGACAGUUACACUGCCACCAACAUAGCCAACACCAAAUCAUGCCAAAUUAACCAAUCCAAAAAGUUCAGCCUUUUGUCCCAACUCGCCCUAUCGUCACAAAAUAAAUUCUUCCUGAAAAGUCCUCCUAAGUCCCGUAAGAAAGCAAAGGCUGACCAGGCUGCAGGAUCACCUGAUGCAGAUCCAGUGGCAGAGCUGGACGGUGAGGCAGACUCUAGUGAAGGUCUAAGUCCCAUUGGCCAGUACGAGAACUGCCCGUCAGCGGGGCUGGACUCUGCUAUAUCUGAUCUGGUCUCACUGGACUCCCAGGCUGAAGUGGAGCAAGUUGCAGCACGUUGGUGGGGCACAAAGAGGUUGGACUUUGCCCUGUAUUGCCCCGAUGCUCUGACCGCUUUCCCCACAGUGGCUUUACCACACCUCUUCCACGCAUCAUACUGGGAGUCCACUGAUGUUGUGUCUUUUCUCCUGAGGCAGGUUAUGAGGCAUGAAAACUCCAGCAUCCUGGAGCUUGAUGGAAAAGAAGUGUCUGAAUUCACCCCCUCCAAACCUCGAGAGAAGUGGCUCCGCAAGAGGACUCAUGUAAAGAUCAGGAAUGUGACUGCCAACCACCGAGUAAAUGAUGCCGUGUUUACCGAAGACAGCCAGCAGGUCGUGACAGGUCGCUUCAUGUACGGCCCCCUGGACAUGGUCACUUUGGCAGGGGAGAAGGUUGACCUCCACAUCAUGACCCAGCCUCCCUCAGGAGAAUGGGUGUACUUCAACACAGAGGUGACCAACAGUAGUGGCCGUGUGUCUUUUAUCAUCCCAGAAGACAAGCGUCUGGGCAUCGGAGUCUACCCAGUUAAAAUGGUUGUCAGGGGCGACCACACAUUUGCAGACAGCUACCUGACAGUUAUUCCACGUGGCACAGAGUUUGUGGUAUUCAGUAUUGACGGGUCUUUUGCUGCCAGUGUGUCAAUUAUGGGCAGUGAUCCCAAAGUGCGGGCAGGAGCUGUGGACGUUGUCAGGCACUGGCAGGAUUUAGGCUAUUUGAUCAUCUAUGUGACAGGACGUCCAGACAUGCAGAAGCAGCGGGUAGUGGCUUGGUUGUCUCAGCACAACUUCCCUCAUGGCAUUGUCUCCUUCUGUGAUGGUUUGGUCCACGACCCGCUCAGACACAAGGCCAACUUCCUCAAGACCUUAACAGAGGCUCACUUGAAGAUAUUCGCUGGCUAUGGAUCAACCAAAGACAUUUCAGUCUACAACUCCAUUGGCCUCCCUCCCUCCCAAAUAUACAUUGUCGGCAGACCCUCCAAGAAGAUGCAGCACCAGUGUCAGUUCAUCACAGAGGGAUAUGCAGCUCAUUUGUCUCAGCUGGAGUAUAACCACCGUUCUCGGCCAGCCAAGUCCAGCAGCGCACGUAUGGUGCUACGUAAAGGCAGCUUCGGCCUGGGCGCAAACAGCGACUUCCUGAGGAAAAGGAACCACCUGCUGCGCACCAUCUCCUCCCAGCCAGCCCCCAGCUCCCCAACAGGCAGCAUUCACAACAGACCAGAGCGCACACAGAGCCAAUCAGACAGCGAACGGCUGGAGCGGGAGCGACUGGAGCGCGCUCACAGCCACAGCCAGGGAGCAACCCAGCGCAGCAUGAGCAUCACAGCGAGCUGCUGGGGCCGCAGCAGCAGCACCAAGAUGGAACCAGGAGUUCUCAGCCCAAAAUAGGAUUAGGGAGACAAUAUGAGCGUACCUUUGCGAGAGUGACUUAUAGAUACAGUGCUGAGGAAGAGACACGUGACAUUAAGAUAAAUGGAAAGAGUGAAAAACAGUUUGCCUGCACCAGAUGGGUAAAAAUCAUAGGUGCUACAAACCACUCUUUAUAAAACUAAUGCCAGUCACAUUUAUGGACAGAAGCUAUGGCUAUAUUUAUUAUAAAACACACAACUCAAUAGGCAUUUCAAAAAGCAUUUUCCUCAAGCAGGAACAUGCACACAAACAGAUCUAGCUAAUGUUGUAGGAAUCCAGACCAUUUUUACUGUUUAGUAACUAUUUAUCUUGAAUACAAGGUCGGUUUUCCUCCUACAACAGGCUUUUAGAUUGGAGAUGGUCACACAUAAAAGCAUCUCCAUGCUGUUUACUCCAGCAAACAACAGAGUGGUUACAGACAGUUUGUAUCAGGUCCACUUCUGAUACUGCACUGCAGCUGACUACUGUGGCCACUGCAAGCACAACAAUUACUAUAGAGAUAAACUUUGUGAACAAUGGUUUUAAAGCUAUGUCCUUUUUAUGCGGUAAUCAGAAAAGUUGUAGUCUGAGAGGAGAGCUAAGAAUCAGGUCAAACUGGACUGAAUGUGUUUGUUUUCUGGGUGUGACCACACAAACAGUCAUUUAGCCCAAAUGUAUCUUUGUUAGAUUUUCUUUUCAUUGUCAUUUAUCAACAAUACAGAGCAAUGUUAUGGUGAUUUAUAAACCAACUAGAAAUGAUUUGAUCAAGAGCUGUUGCUUAUUGCAUAUACUUCUAGCAUUUGCAAACUACAAUGAGUAAAUGAUGUUUCAAACCAUACAGUCCAGUUUUUCUUGUUUUAUAGUCAUCCCUCAGACCAAAGAACCAUCCAAAUAUCACAUGACGCAAACUACGAAAUUACCCUUUAACUGUGGUUGCAGCUGAAACUGUUCCUGGGUUUUUUUUUAUUUUUUAUAGCAUUUCACCACAUGACACCAUACUGCGCUGCUGUACCUUCCUAAAUACGUAAUGUAUGACUCAACUAUAGAGAAACCUCCUGCUACUGUACGGUUAAUGUGCCAAAGUAAAUAUAGAAUGAUAUGCUGUACAUGAACAGAGAGGAAAGGAUAAGGGUUUCCUGUGUAAAAAUGGAAUAGAUUGUGUAAGUAUGUAGUUGAAUGCCUUAACAAGGCUUGUACAUAGUUGUUAUAUUACAGUGCAGAUCUGGUAUCUGGUCCACUGAAGACCAGUUUCAAGUGUCUUCUUUCCUCUGGAGAUAAACACCAACUCAUUCAGGAUACACUUUAUUGAUUGAUGAUGAUAAUUAUUGUUAUUUAAGAUAUAUAGAUAUUUUAAAAUGUAUUGAUUUUGUGAACAAAAUGUGUUUUAAGAUUACUUUAGCUAAGUUGUGUUUUUUUUUUUUUUUUCCUUCAAACUUCAGUUGCAGCAGCCAAAAUUCAAAGGUCUUUGCCUGGUACAGUAUUGUAUUUCUGUUAUUUUAUCUUGCAGAUCACCAGAAUUGUAUCGACAGAACUGCUAUAUUGUGUCAUAUAUUGUAUGUUUGUUAUUAUCUAUUUUGGAAAUUUGGGAUAUGGCUUCUCUCUGGUUAUCCCUAAGCUGUACAUGAGGCGUUGAAUGUGCUAAUAGAUAAUCCUCCCUAGGUUAAGGUCUCUUUCUCUGUUCUGCUGCGCCAUUAGAGGAAGAACAAUCUGCAAAUUGUAAAUUCUGUACAAUAUUCUGUCAGAAGUAGGAAAACAGAGCUAAGACUUACUUUAUGCUGUUGGCCAUUUAUUUCUGAUUUAUUCAUUCAAAUGAUGUUUAUUUAUCCCUCUAAUAGGCGUGUACAGAGCUGACUGUAAUGGACCAAUAUGGGCUCAGACAUAAGGGGAAAUGUGCAAUAUUACUCAACCAAACCACAAGAUCAAACAGACUGUGCUGAAGAAAUGUCACAGUGCAUUGACAAUCAGUUGAACUGGCACAUAUUCUACAGCCGUCAAAAUGGAGAGGGUAUCUGAAAAUGUCUCUGCGCCACACAAACACACAGGUACACGUGCAAGUCCAUUUUACAAAGUAGAGAUUUCUCACAAUGAAGUGACCUGAAGUGACCACUGACCUGAUACUGGUAUGGGAUAUUACACUAGGUUCUCUCCUGUGGACACAUGCUCGGUCUUUGUUUUUGUUGUGAUGUUUCCAUUCCAGCACAUGGGUGUCUAGACGAACCCACAUAACACUGACUGUAAGAGUGACCCAAAAAUCAACACUUAAGUUGCCAGUUGAUUAGGUAUACAUAGCUAAAAAAAAAAAAAUCAUGCCGUCUAAUACAACAACCCUGCAAUAAAGCCUACUUACAUGAAGGUCAUAAUGUUCGGUAUUUGUUGGAACUCUUAAGAGAAGUGUUCAUUCAAAUGAAAGGUCAUUUUGGAGGCUGCAGUUCAUGGUGCUGUUGAAUUGUAUUGUGAGAGGAGUUUCUAAUAUUUUGUCCUCGACACGCAUCACUGAGGGUAGACUAAAUAUUAGACAGCUGAGUGAACAUCCUAGAGCAAAGGUAGACUCAGUAUAAUCUCCCUAAUGUGGACUGCCAAUGUAGUUCAUGCUGUACUACCGUCCCUCAGCAUUUGAAUUUUUUGUCAAGAUUCGGCUUGAAGCCAUAUAGACAACUCUUAGGGAAGCUGCUGUUUAAAUAGCGGCCGUUAGUACAUUUAUAGUAAUUACAACAAAAAAAGUAAAUGGUGCAAAAUAUGCUCUCAUGUAAAGUUGGCAACUUCUGAACCAUCCUCCCUUCCUCAGAGAUCUGAAUUGCCUGGAUAUUAAAAUCCAGAGAAUGUAAAGACGAAGCGGUGCGGUAAUCUGAAGUUUGGAUACUUCUGGGCAGACACUUGCUUCAAUUCUGCUACUGACACACUUUAUCAGAGGCCUUACAUUUCCCUAUUCUGCCUUACAUUCACCAUUGUAUUGCGAGGCCUAGAUUGAACGCUGCUCACACUGAAAAUUGACUUCAUGGAAAAGAAUAGACUGUUCAUGUAGACUUUGUGGAAAUAGGAAAAUGCCAUAUUUUCUUAAGUCUGUGGUUUGUUUUCUCUUUAAAGGAAAUGCACAAAGGAGAAAUUUGUUUGACGUAUUUCACCAACAUUAGAAAAUCCAUCACUGUCUGAAGCUCUGUCCCCCGGGUUAAUGCAAUGCUACAACUAUUUCAUCAGCAGUUCGCAUUCACAGGCUGUAUAUAUAUAUACACAACAUACCUUGGUAAAUUAAGCUUGGAAAAUAUUUUCAUUGUACAGGGUGUGUAUCUUGUAGGUUUUGGAUAACUUCAUUUUCGCCCAAUCCCUUGUGUUUUUAUGUACAGUGUAUAAAGAAUAUAUAAAGAACAA